AUGAGUUCAUCUAUUUCCACAGAAAACAAAGCUAAUGGUUCUGAGACUCCUAAGGUAUUUUUACCUCCUAAAAUUAACCAAAUUUAGCCUUAAUUUUUGUCUAAAAAACAAAGAGAAGAAUUGAAAAAGAAGCAGGAAGAUGAGGAUAAGCAUUAAGAGGAGGAAAAAAGAGAUGACAGAGAUAGGAAUCGUGAUAGAGACUAUAGAGAUAGAAAGGAUGAUCGUGAUAGAGAUCAUAGAGGAGAUGGUGAUAAAUAAAGACGAGAUGAUGAAAGAAAUGUAAAGGUAGAUUAACGAAGAGUCGAUGAGGAAAAGAAUUCAGCAAAAGAUAAAGUUGAAAAAGAUAAAAAACUCUUUAUUGAUGAAAGAGAGAUUGAGAUGAUAAAGGGUAAAUAUCUUGGAACAAUUAAGGAAAAGAAAAGAGUGAUUAAGCCGAGUGAUAAAUUCAAAUAGGUAUUUCACUUCGAAUGGGAUGCCAGUGAAGAUACAUCCAAGGAUAUUAAUCCAUUAUAUUCAUAGAGGCAUGAUCCUAAACUCCUAUUCGGUAAGGGAUUUGUAGGAGGAGUUGAUCAUGACUUUUAAAGAAAGAAAUACGGCAAUGGUGAUGACAAAAAAUUAGAGAAGGAUCAGAGAGUUUCUCUUGAGGAAACGAUGAACAAACCACUUUUAGAAAUGACUGAGAGGGAUUGGAAGAUAUUCAAAGAAGAUUAGGAUAUUAUGACAAAGGGUGGAAGAAUACCUCAUCCCAUUAGAAACUGGGAUGAAAUCGAAGACUUAGAUCCAUUUUUAAGGGAUAAUAUAGCAAUUUGUGGUUAUAAAAGACCUAUGCCUAUCUAAAUGUAAGGCAUUGCCAUAGGAAUGAACUGCCGAGAUAUGAUUGGACUAGCUCCAACUGGUUCUGGUAAAUCUGCAGCAUUUUUAAUCCCAUUAAUUAACUUCAUGCUGAAACUCCCUCCCAUAAGGGAUGAAUUGGUUUAGGAUGGACCUUAUGCAAUCAUAAUGGCACCAUCAAGAGAGUUGGCUAUAUAAAUUGAGACAGAGUUUAGGAAACUUGCAAAUGAAACUCCACUAAGAUCUUAAAUUGUUGUAGGAGGUAAGAGUGCUGAGGAGUAAGGUUCAAGUAUUUCAAGAGGAGUUGAAAUAAUUAUUGGUACUCCUGGUAGAAUUGAAGAUUUGGUUAAAAGAAGAUAUCUAGUGCUCAAUUAAUGCUAUUAUGUGAUCCUUGAUGAAGCAGAUAAAAUGAUAGAUUUAGAUUUAGAAGAAUCAGUAAACUUUAUCUUGGAAUCAAUACCUAGCAAUCUUUAGAAAGCUGAUAAGGAAAAAGAUGUCGCUUAUUAAGAAUAGUAAAUUUUGAGAGGAGAGAAAUUCUUCAAAACGUUUGUAAUGUUUUCAGCAACGAUGCUUCCAUAAAUUGAAAAACUAGCUAGAAAAUACCUAAGGUCUCCAGCCUUUAUAACUAUUGGAGAGCCUGGAGGAGGAAAGAAAGAUAUUGAACAGAGAAUAGAAUUUGUAUCAGAAUCUCAAAAGAGAAGCAGGCUCUAGUAGCUGCUAGAUAAAUUUCGCCAACCUCCUAUUAUUAUUUUUGUGAAUCAAAGAAGUGAUACUGAACACUUAUCAACAUUUCUUACUAAAGUAGGCUACUCUGUAAAUGCUUUGCAUGGUUCUAAGACUCAAUAAUAGAGAGAAGCUGCCUUGAACUCAUUAAAGAGUGGUAGUAUUGAUAUACUAGUCUGUACAAAUGUUGCUGCUAGAGGUUUAGAUGUAGAUAAUGUAGCUCAUGUUAUAAACUAUCAUGCUCCCCAGAAUAUUAUUGACUACAUUCAUAGAAUCGGGCGUACAGGUCGUGCUGGUAGAAAAGGUAUGGCAACUACCUUCCUAACUAAUGCUGAUGAGUCAAUUUUCUAUGAUCUCAAAAAAUUCUUGCAAGAUAAUGAUCAGCCAGUGCCUAAUGAGUUGGCAAAUCAUAAUGCAGCAAAGUUUAAAGGUGGUCAAGAGAACAUUGGCGGAAAUGUCGGAGCACCUUCUAAAAAUAAUGUGGUCCCAACCAGCACUCAACAAAAUAAGUUACUAUGA